AUGUCUCAAUACGUUUCCGCUGAUUUGAUCUGGGAGGUUACCAGAUCCCAGAACGCUUUCUUGGUCAAGCGCACAACUGGUGGUGGAAGCACAUUCUCAAGAGACCCUUUGAACUUGACCAACAAGCACUCCAGAAAGUAUGCUGGUUUCGUCAACGACAAGGCCGUUGGUGUUGUCCCAGCUGAGAAGGGUGUUACUUUGAUCACCAAGAAGACCUCUGCUAGCCAAAAGCCAGCAUCUUCUUUGACCAAGACCACCUUCAGCAAGUCCGGAAGAAAGACCUUCGCUGGUGUCGCAAAGACCGUCGCCAAGGAUGGAUACAGAUCCGAUCUCCGUGCUGAAGCCGUCGCCCGUUCCUCCGCUAUCCUCGAAUCUCAAACCCCAAAGAAAGAUGCCCCAGCAUCAAAGCUUAGAGGAUCCAAGGCCGCCAAGGCUGCUGAGAAGGAAGAGUAA